AAGCAGGCAGAACACCCACACCUUUUAGAGAGCUAGAAUGAGCAGUGGUCCAAAGUGUGGCACUGGGAGUUCAAUACAAAACCAUCAAAACACAAGCGUGUAGCGGGUCAAAACUAAGACACGACGGGCUAAUUGGAAAGGAGGAAGCACUGUGCGACAACAUGCUCCGUCCACAGGACCAUCACACGUCUACCAUGAAGGAGCUGGACGCCACCAGGCUGAAGGACAAGGAGCACCGGAGCCGUCUGAGUCUGUUCCUGACUAAGUCAGGCUCCCACGAGAACGUCAGCCGCAAUAAGAAGACACUUGCAGCGCCCAAAAAUAUCUCCGUGGAGACAGCUCUGAGAUGGAGCCAGUCGUUUGAGGAGCUGCUCAGCUGCUCAGACGGUGUGGAAACCUUCUCUCAGUUCCUCCGGACAGAAUUCAGCGAGGAGAACAUUGAGUUCUGGCUGGCCUGUGAAGAUUACAAGACUGUGGACUCAGAUACCAAACGACUCUCUAGAGCCAAGCAGAUUUAUACCAUCUUCAUCCAAUCAGAGGCCCCUAAAGAGGUCAACAUCGACCACGCCACCAGGACGGCCAUCCAGAGCGCCAUGACCCAGCCCACGCAGCACUGCUUCCAGGCUGCCCAGCGCACCGUGUUCAGCCUGAUGAAGAAGGACUGCUACCCCCGGUUCCUGACUUCCGCCCUCUACCUCCGCCUCAGCCACAAGUCGGCACCGGGCGGGGCCGUCAUGCUCCGCAGGCGCUCGCGCUCCUGCGUCUUCGCCGACCGAGCCGAGGCAGAGGCGGCGUCGGCCUGGUGACGGCCGCGGGUGGCACGCCGAGCGGCCAGGGUGGGAGGCGGUGCCGGCCUGGUGACGGCCAGUGGGCAGGACGCAGAGCGGCCCAGAGGAACACAUUAGGACCCACGCUCACAUGCACACCUGGGUUUAAUUAAGGCUGAAUGGCUGAGUUAUUAUGUUCAUACCGGUGAUGGCCCAUAGUGCAUAAUCAUUAAUGUUAUACAUACUGUAUAUAGUGUUCCUGUUUGACAUUGAGGACACCAAAGUACAUCAAAAGACCAUCAGGUUAACUUGAUGUCUGAAAUGCAUUUCCCGUGCCUACGGCAAUUUACUAAUGAAAUAAUUUUGUUAACAUGACAGUUAAGGAUUCAGCUGGCCUUUAUCAGAUAAAGAUUGGUUAGUGUGCAUGUCAACGUGCUGUCAGCAGUGAAGCCCUCUGACAUAUUUCUUCCUUAGAAGUGUCUCAAAAAUAUUCACAUGAAAGAUUAACUUUUGUCAACCAUCUCCCUCGAAAACAAAUUUUAUUUUUGGCGAGAGGCACAGCAAAUUUAGUGGAGGUCAUCUUAGGUUUGUUAGCCCAGCUCCAAGCAAGCCUAAGAACCAGCCGAUGCUUGGAUUCAAACAGUGGUUAUACUUCAAGUGCUUUGUCUCUUAAUACAACAGCAUAAUGCCACAGGGGGAACAUUAAUCACGUUAAUAUGCAUCCCUUCAACUUAAUGUGACUUGGAGCCAAUUAAGAUAAUUUUUCUUUCUCACCUCAACUGGCAAUCCUCUGCUCUCAUGUUGCACUAAGAGGGAAGGAUGUAUUUACUAUUCAUUAAAAUAUCCCGCAGCGGUGACAGAGAACCAUAUUUCAUGGUUUUAUACUCAUACUAAACGUAUUUAAUUUCCACCGCAUGAAUUUCGUUUAUUAAAAAUAUUUUGGAUGAUCAUAUAUGUGGACUUGCUUUAAGUAAAAUGUAAAUUAUUAAAUAACCUGUUGAGUAAUUAUACAAAGAAGAAAUAAAUGUGCAUUUUAAAGACA